AUGGUCGUUCCAUUCGAAGUUACCCUAUCGAUAUGGCAUACAUAUCGAACCUAUAUUCUUGCCCUUCUCUUAACCGUCUCAAUUAUCGUUGCUAAAAUCUCGAGCCACGGCAGGCAAUUGGGAAGCGGGUCCAUACCGGAGAAGCAAGGUACCAGCAAAAAGGCUCCUGAUGACACUGCUCCGCUAGGGCGGGUAGAGAGUACAACACCUACGAAUAAUACACCAUUAAAGAGCCAAACAAAGACUGUACCGAAGAGGCUGCGUGGAAUGAAGCCGUCGAAAGGAGACACGAAAGCAACCGCUCAGAUCACUGCCAUUCAACCAAUUGUCUUUUUUACUUCACUUACGGGCUCUACUGAGAAAAGGGCCCGAACCGCCUUCGAACAUUUAAAAGCCAAACUUGAGGUAGCUCCGCAGAAUGCCCAGUGCAGGCUCUUACCUCCAGAAUUAUUUGACUUAUCCUACAUUGACUUUGAUGACUACUUUGUUACUGCCCCGAAGCCGCUUACGUCAGGUCCCGGAACAUCUUUUCUGUAUUGCAUUAUUCUACCAAGCUAUGAUAUCGACAGCAUCAUAAAUAACUUUUUGGGUCAUCUAGAUGAAACUCAUAAUGAUUUCCGGAUCGAUACAUCUCCCUUGUCAGGGCUGACUGGUUACGCCGUCUUUGGUUUUGGAGAUAAAGAAGGAUGGCCAACCCUAGAAGAAGGAUUCUGCUCGCAGGCGGUGGCAGUGGAUAAGUGGAUGGCAAAGCUUACCGGAAAGCGGCGAGCAUAUCCGCUCGGUCUGGGAGACGUGAAGACUGACGGCGAGCAAGCCCUGCAACAAUGGUGUGAUGGCAUCGUUGGGGUACUCCACGACAUAUCUGAGAAUGGUGGCGGGCUGGGCGAAGGUGUCCCGGGCAGUGGGGACCCUAUAGAAAGCGACGAAGAUGACGUAGAGGACGACGGGAUAUUCCAAAACCCCAGCCGCCCAAGGAGAUCCAAGGCCAAAGUGUCAAAGGUUACUGAUCUGGAAGAUAUCAAAUUCAAGCCCGAAGAUCUCCUUGACGAUGAACCGAUCGAUUUUACCACCUAUUCCACCACGAAAUCGUCACCGUCUCCAAGCAAGGAGAUGGUACCUUCGACUUCUCCAACAUAUACGGCGCUAACAAAACAAGGGUAUACCAUUGUUGGAUCUCACUCAGGUGUCAAAAUUUGUCGAUGGACAAAAUCAGCCCUUCGGGGCCGCGGAUCCUGUUACAAAAAUUCAUUCUAUGGGAUUAAAUCUCAUCUUUGCAUGGAAUCAACGCCUUCUCUCUCCUGCAGUAACAAAUGUAUCUUCUGCUGGCGGCAUGGAACAAAUCCGGUUGGAACCACAUGGCGCUGGAAGGUUGACCCUCCUGAACUCAUUUUCAACGGUGUUAAAGAAGGGCACUAUAAAAAGAUCAAGAUGCUGCGCGGCGUCCCAGGUGUUAAGGCUGAGCGUUUUGCGGAAGCUAUGCGAAUCAGGCAUUGUGCCCUGAGUUUGGUUGGUGAACCAAUAUUCUACCCCCACAUUAAUGAGCUCCUCUCCCUUCUCCACAGCGAGCAUAUUUCAAGUUUCCUGGUAUGCAAUGCACAGCAUCCAGACGAACUGGCGGCACUUCAGAGAGUAACUCAGCUCUACGUGUCAAUCGACGCCAGUAACCGGGAAAGUCUCCGUAAAAUCGACCGGCCCUUACAUCGAGAUUUCUGGGAGCGCCUCCAGCGCUGCCUUGGCAUACUUCGAGAGAAGAGAAAGGUGCAUAGGACUGUAUAUCGGCUUACGCUUGUCAAAGGAUUCAACAUCGAAGAUGAGGUGGAAGGCUAUGCAGACCUUGUUGAGAAAGGCUUGCCCUGCUUUAUUGAAGUUAAGGGUGUCACUUACUGUGGAACGAGCUCUAGCUCUAACGCAGGAUUAACUAUGCAGAAUGUUCCAUUCUACCACGAAAUAGUCGCCUUUGUGGUUGCACUCAACGAGGAACUUGCGCGGCGUGGCCUUGCCUACGGAAUAUCCGCCGAACAUGCCCAUAGCUGCUGUAUUUUGCUUGCAUCCAACCGAUUCCUGGUUAAUGGUAAAUGGCACACGAGGAUUAACUAUGAGCGUUUUUUUGAACUUCUCGAACACGAAAAACGCACUGGCGACUCCUUUACACCUGAAGAUUAUAUGCGAGAAACAGAGGAGUGGGCAUUGUGGGGAAACGGCGGCUUCGACCCGAGCGACCAGAGAGUCCAUACCAAGGGGAAAAACAAGGGAAAAAUCGGCGUACCGCCGCCUUCAGGAAAGGAUCUGGCAGCUAUUUCUUAA